UCAGUUCAGAUCGCUGCUCGUAAUGCUGCUGGCCAUGCUGUCAGCCAGCAGUUCUGCCUACGGGAAGGUGAUACAGCCUGGACUCAAGAUGGAGAGCCUCUUCAAGCAAGCAUAUGCUGGAUGCCUGACCCCAAAAGACUCAAAAUUCCCCCAAACCGUGAGAGUCAACAUAAGCAUCAGCAACACGAACAAGAACACCAAAACAACUCUUGAUGUCAGCAGCCGUUCUCUGGCUCCGUGGGAUUACAGGAUCGAUGAGGACCACAACCGUUUCCCCCAGGUCAUUGCUGAUGCCAAGUGCCGCCACUCCAGGUGUGUGAAUUUGGAUGGGCAGCUGGACCACAGCCUCAACUCCGUCCCCAUCAAACAGGAGAUCCUCGUGCUCCGGAGGGAGCGGAAGGGCUGCCAGCAAUCCUACCGGUUAGAGAAGAAAAUUAUCACUGUGGGCUGCACGUGCGUCACCCCCUUGAUCCGACACCAGGCUUAAAGGGAACCAGGAGUCUGAGA